AAAAAACAAAACUCUCCCUCUUUAAAAAGCUUUCGAAACAAGAAGUAACAGAACAUCAAGAAAAAGGAAAGGACUGUAAUUUCUUCUGCAUUUCUUUCCUUAUUCUUCUCAAUCUUCAUAAUUAAUAAGAAAUUUGCUUCGCCCGAUUGUAAAUUUUCCGAUUCGUGAUUGUUGAACUGUACAGAUAGGUUUUUAUAUUUUUCUUGUGUAUAUUAUGAUGCUGGAGACGCCGGAGAGUGGGAGAGCGGUGGCUUUGGAAUUUCCGGGGAGCGAGACGCCUUCGCGUGUUCCGAGGAGGAUUCGGAAGAGGCUUCUUGCCGAGUGUAAGCCUCCUCCUACUGUAGAAGAAAUCGAAGCCAAGCUUCGAGAUGCCGAUCUUCGUAGACAGCAAUUCUAUGAAAGCCUGUCAAGGAAGGCAAGAUCAAAACCAAGAAGCCCCUCUAGAUCCUCAUCAAACGAGGAAGACCUUGGUCAGCGCCUUGAAGCGAGACUUAAAGCUGCCGAGCAGAAAAGGUUGAGCAUUUUGGCAAAGGCUCAGAUGCGCCUGGCAAAGUUAGAUGAACUACGGAAAGCAGCAAAAACUGGGGUAGAAAUGCGUUUUGAGAAGGAACGUGAGAAGCUUGGCACAAAAGUUCAGUCACGGGUUCAGCAGGCAGAGGCUAAUAGAAUGCUUAUCUUUAAAGCCUACAGCCAGAGGAGGGCAACUCUAAAAGAGAGACUGUCACAAUCAUUAUUACGGAGGACGACUGGAGAAAGUAAAUACAAGGAGCGUGUCCGUGCUGCUCUUCAUCAAAAGCGUGCAGCUGCUGAGAAAAAGCGUCUGGGACUGCUUGAAGCAGAGAAGAAGAAAGCACGUGCUAGAUUUUUGCAAGUUUGGAGAGUGGCUAGGUCUAUCUCUUAUCAGCGUGAGGUUGAAAGGAGGAGAAUGAUAGACCAGUUAGAGAACAGACUGCAAAGGGCGAAGAGGCAAAGAGCAGAGUACUUGAGGCAGAGAGGAAGACCACAUAAAUCUGUUCAAAUGAACUGUACCGUGAAGCAAGCUGAUCUGCUUUCUAGAAAAUUAGCAAGGUGCUGGAGGUGGUUUGUUAGGCAGAGAAAAACUACUUUAGACUUGGCAAAAGCCUUUGAUUCAUUGAAAAUCAAUCAGAAUUCUGUUAAAUCAAUGCCAUUUGAACAACUUGCUCUUCUGAUUGAAUCAGUUAGUACCCUUCAAACUGUGAAAGCUUUUCUCGACCGAAUUGAGAGUCGCAUUAAGGCCUCUAGGGAAGUUGGCGUCACUGAUCAUCUAUCCAGUUUGGAUAACAUUGACCAUCUUCUUAAAAGAGUUGCUACUCCGAAGAACACACCCAGGACCUCUGUGAGAGGCAGAGAGGCUAAGAGAGUGGUCUCUGGGAGGCAGGCUGCCAAAACUCUUACUAAAUCAUCAAGGUAUCCUGUCAGACUAUUUCUUUGUGCACACAUGAUUUUGGGCCAUCCUGAGGCUGUUUUAAGUGGUCAGGGAGAGCGAGAGAUUGCUUUGGCGAAGUUUGCAGAAGCCUUUGUUCGAGAGUUUGAGUUGUUGGUAAAGAUUGUUUUAGAUGGUCCCAUACAGAGUUUUGAUGAAACCGAGACAGCGUUAUGUAAACGUUUGACGUUCAGGUCACAGCUCGCCGCAUUUGAUAAAGCAUGGUGCUCUUACCUGAGUUGUUUUGUGGCAUGGAAGGUCAAGGAUGCUCAAUCAUUGGAAGAGGACUUGGUAAGAGCAGCUUGCCAGCUCGAGCUCUCUAUGAUUCAAAAGUGCAAGUUGACUCCAGGAGGAGAUAACACGGCUCUUACUCAUGAUAUGAAGGCUAUUCAAAGACAGGUUAUGGAAGAUCAAAAGCUUUUAAGGGAUAAAAUGCAACAUUUGUGUGGAGAUGCUGGAAUUGAACGAAUGGAAUAUGCAUUAUCUGAAACACGGACUAAAUUUUUUCGAGAAAGAGAAAGUGGGAACCCAAUUACGCCCUCUCUAUCUCCAAGCACAGAUGGUUCUCCUAGUUCUUCUACUGAUGGAACAUACAAUAGAAGUGAUCUGGCUCAGAUGUCAAACCAUGUUGUCCGCUCUCUGUUUAAGGAAGAUGAAGUUGGCAUAUCUCAAUCCAGAAAUUCCAGUUCCUCUGUGCCUAGCAGCAGCCAUUCAGAUGCUCAGUUAGGUUCUAUUGAAAAGCAGCUGGUCACUGAGAAUGAAUUGAUUGUUAAUGAAUUUCUUCAUGAAAAGUGCGGCUUGGUUGAUAGCUUCAGUGUCACCGACGAAGAUCAGAACGGCAUAAAGGCAAAGAUAAGAGAAACAAUGGAGAAGGCUUUUUGGGAUGGGAUCAUGGAAUCCAUGAGACAGGAUAAGCCCAAUCAUGACCGAGUUAUUGACCUCAUGAAGGAAGUCAGGGAUGAAAUUUGUGAGAUGGCUCCUCAGACUUGGAGAGAAGAAAUAAUUGAUAGUAUAGAUCUAGAAAUUCUCCCCCAGGUGCUGAAGUCAGGCAAUAUGGACAUUGUUUAUCUUGGAAGGAUUCUAGAGUUUGCAUUGAGCACUUUGCAGAAGCUCUCCUCUCCAGCCAAUGAUGAUGAAAUGAAGGCUUCUAACCAGAGGUUAUUGAAAGAGUUAGCUGAGAUAUGUGAAGCCAAAGACAAGCAGAAUCAUUCUCCUGCCCUUGCAAUGAUCAAGGGUCUACGGUUUGUCCUAGAGCAGAUUCAGGAUCUUAAGCGGGAGAUAAGUAAAGCUCGUGUAAUGAUGAUGGAGCCAUUGUUAAAGGGACCUGCUGGUUUGGCUUACCUUCGGAGAGCUUUUGCGAACCAUUAUGGGUCUCCUUCUGAUGCUCGGUCAUCUUUACCGUUGACAAUUCUGUGGCUUUCAUCUGUAUGGAGUUGCAAAGAUCAAGAGUGGGGAGAACACGAAAAUUCUAUGUCAACUUUGAAGGCCCAGGAUAGUUCAGGUCGGGACCUUCUUACUCCCGAUACGCUUAAAACUGGUGGAAGCUACAAUUCAUCGAAUGCAAGCCAAAUGACAUUUUCCAACUCGUCUAAAGUUAUAGAUCAACUACCAGAAUGCAAGGGAGAGCAAGUUGAUAAAGUGGUGAGGCUUGGUUUGCUGAAGUUAGUGAGUGGAGUUGCCGGUCUAACUUCGGAUGCUCUGCCAGAAACCCUUAUGCUUAACCUUUCUAGAUUGAGGGGUGUUCAGGCUAUAAUUCAGAAGAUAAUUGUUAUAUCCACAAGCAUUCUUAUUUGUCGCCAAAUUUUCUUGAGCGAGCAAGUAGUAGCCCCUACUGAAAUGGAAACCAAAAUAUCAAGUUGCACCGAGCAGCUCUCAGAGCUCUUAGACCGCAUCGAUGAUGUUGGAAUCGAAGGGAUUGUUGAAACAAUCAGCGGGUUCUCAAAAGUAACAGAUGACGAGAAGGUUCAAACAAGGAAAGUAAUGAUGGCCAGGAUGCUAGCAAAGAGCUUGCAAGCUGGGGAUGCGGUGUUUGAAAAGGUAUGGCGUGCUAUUUAUUUAGCUUUUAGAGGGGUUGUGUUUGGGGGGAGUGGUGUAUAUGGUAGAAAGUUGGUGGAAAUCGCUCUCCGGCAAGUCGGAGCUGGAUCAGGUGCAGGUUUACUGUCCGAAAGGGUAGUGAAAGCGGCGGAGGUGCUGGUUGUUGCAGCCACGGUUUCUGUCAGCGUCCAUGGGCCAUGGUAUACAACCUUGAUGGGUAACAUGUGAUUGAAUUUGUAGAUUUGUGAAAGAAAAAAAAAGUUA